AUGAGGCUUCUCAUCGUUUCACUUCUUUUCUACGGCACCUUUCCGCGUUUCUACGCCGCACUCGACGUGAUUCCAAACGAUUCUGCGGCGAGUUUCCAGCGACGAAUGGUUGUCCCUCUCCCUCUCUCUCGCUCUCGAAGCUUCUCUUACCUCCAAAGUUUCAUUCGAUUCGUUGCAAAGGAUCAACUACGUGUUCCUGAUCGACCUGAGAAUGUGAGGGUGAGGACAACAGCCACGACCGCAACCUUGUGGUGGGACGCUCCUUCAGACAGGAGUACAUUGGUCCGCGGUUACACCAUUUCCUACGGUGUUGCCACACCAUCACGACGUAUCGUUAUCGAAGGAGCGAACACGAACUCCUUCACGCUGAAUCGACUUGAGCCUGACACUGACUACGUCUUUGCCGUUGGAGCGUACAACGAAGCGGAUGGAGAAGAUGGCGAGCCGGUUCUGCUCUCAGCUCGUACUCUACCCAGCGAUGGAACACCAGCGUUUUCGCUCUGGCCACCUAUAGCUGUUCGCGCAAAUUCUCCCAGUCCAGGUGUGGUUUUGGUAACAUGGGAGGAUCCGAAUCCAGAACAGGAUAUAGAGAAUGAGAUCGAUGGCACGCAAAGGCAUUACCUUAUACAAUACGGUAUCUACCAAUCGGAGCAAUUAGCUAAAAUGCGGUCGAAUUCACGGACUGUGAAGUUGACGGGCUUACUACCGGGAAAAGAGUACGAGAUUGCUGUAAAGGUGGUAGGAGAUGACGGAAGAGAGAGUCCGUGGAGCAUUAGAGACAUAGUCCUAACUCCACCAGAUCCAACACAAGAAAUUUCACGUUACGAUUGGGAAUGCGAUUUUGAGAAGGAUCUGUGCGGAAUGCGUAACGGAGACGGCGUUCAGUGGAUUCGUGCCGGUGGAACUCCGCCAGCGGAUAGCGGAAAUCAAUACAUAGCUAUCGACACCGAUCCCGCUCCUUACCAUUUCUCGUCGCUCUACUCGCCAAUGUUCAAUAUGAAAACGAGUGCAUUCUUGUGCUUACAGUUCAACUACUUCCUGAAACCGACAAAUGACGGUCAGCUCUACGUGGAAUUGCGGGAUGAGAAGAAAACUAGCAAAAAACAGCUUCUAAGAAUUUCGCUUCUGAAGUUGCCAGCACAAAAAUGGAAGGAGAUUACGAUUCCGUUGCCGGCUCAGAAGAGCCCCUUUAAGAUAUUCUUCGAAGUGACGUGGAAAACGAAAACUCCAUGGAUCGCCUUGGAUCGAGUUCGAUUGUCGAGCGGUGUCUGUCCAUUUCAUCCACAGUCAGUGAGACUUGCGCAGAUCGGAGAUGGCGAAACCGAAGUGGACCUGCUUGUCCCCGUCGAAAGCGCCCUCAACAGUGAUCCACGGGUUUUCCGAGCGAAGGGUAUCGAUAGCUUACCGGCUAUUGGAAUCCAGAGAGGCGUCGAAAUCGCCGUCCCCUACCGGCUAUACUUACCGAGGCGAUUUUUCCCGCAAUUCUCGUUGCUUGCCUCGGUGAAGCCAAUGGAUCGACGAGGCGGUUAUCUCUUUGCUAUCGUUAAUCCAUACGACACUAUGGUGGAUGUCGGUGUUUUAUUGGAGCCAGCUGGAUCUGGUCAGACGAACAUAUCGCUGAUCUAUUCGUCUCGUCGCGACGCGACGUCGCGUGCGAUCGCCUCGUUUAUCGUGCCGGAAUUCGUGCAGCAAUGGACACAGAUCGCUUUUGAAGUUAACAAGGACUCCGUCACGCUAUACUUCAAGUGUAUACGAUUCGCGGAAAGAGAGAUAAGCGAUCUGCCUCAAUUAGUCAUGGAAGAUGCACACAAGCUGUACAUCGGCAGCGCUGGUCCAAUCUUGGGAUCCGGAUUCGAGGGUGCUAUCCAAGAGCUGAAAAUUAUCGACGAUCCAUCUGAAGCGGCUAAACAAUGUGAUGAACUUUGGAGUGACGACGAGGGCUCCGGUCUUGAUCAUUUCAAGGAUCAAGCAGUGGACAAGACCGAAGUUGUCGAGCUACCGCCGGCACCGACUCCGCCACCGCCACUUCCAAUGGACCUUCACGGGAAAGUCGUGCACGAAUCGCCACAAAGUGGCCUCAAAGGAGAGCGGGGAGAACCAGGUCCACCGGGGGUGUGCAUCCAACAAUGUCGAGAUGGCCUCCCAGGACCAAGUGGUCCGAUCGGACCGCAAGGACCACAGGGUAUCGAAGGACCACGCGGACCACCUGGACCUCCAGGUGAACCCGGCUAUGUGCAAACGUCUCCGUAUGGAGGUGAGGUUCAACCUGUGCCUGGGCCGCCUGGCCCACCAGGACCGCCAGGACACCAAGGUCCACAGGGAAUUCAAGGUCCGCGAGGUGAGACGGGCUUUCCGGGACGAGAUGGUCGCGAUUUUCAGGGUCUUUCUGAGAGAGAUAUUGAGCUUAUCGUUAGGCAUCCACUACUAAAGGGUGAAAAAGGUGAAUGUGUGCAUACGACCACUACCGUCUUCCAACCGUCACCUAUCGACAACGCACUGCCUCAGUACGAUCGGGACCAUCAUCGAAGAGGUCUCAAAGGAGAAAAGGGAGAUCGGGGAAUGCCAGGACCACCCGGACCAUCUGGGCCACCUGGGCCACCUGGGGUACCCGGAGCUCCAGGAAUGUCGCAUCCGGUGUCUUAUGGAGGAGAUUCUUCCGUUGUUCGCGUAUAUCCAAGCACACACGAGCUGUUCUCCUCACGAGUCCCCAUCGGAACACUUGCUUUUGCUACCGCCACUCAACAACUCUACAUUAAAGUAAACAACGGUUGGAAAGAGGUUAUGCUUGGUGCUUUCCAUCCGAUCGUCGAACAACGCCAGUCACUGGAAACGGCUCGACCAAUAGCACGUCCCGCUCCGUCUGUCCCACGACGUGAGCAAACUGGCCCAGCUCCGCCACCUCCGUAUCCAUCACAACUUCGAACUCAUCCGUCACCUCCUCAUACGCGUAAUCCGUCGACGAAUCCACCAUAUCCCAAAGACGAACCAGCAUCACCAAUUUUGCCAUACCAAAUGGAAACUCCUGUACCGUCUCCGCGGUUCCAUCCAAGACCACCAACAGAUCAGCUUCCCACGCAACACGUAGACGCAGUGAUCCAUUUAAUCGCUCUGAACACUCCAUACGAUGGAAAUAUGCGCGGGAUGCGCGGAGCUGAUCUCCAAUGUUAUCGAGAAGCACGAAUGGCUGGAUUUACGACUACGUUCAGAGCGAUGCUCUCCAGCAAUGUACAGGACAUGCUCCGAAUCGUGCACACAGUCGACUGGGAUACGCCGGUGGUGAACAUCCGUGGUGAACAUCUGUUUGCUAGUUGGAGAGCGGUUCUGAACGAUGGACAACGCUCCACUCGCCCACUGUAUUCGUUCGAUAGACGUGACGUCAUCAGUGAUGAUCAAUGGCCCGACAAACGGAUUUGGCACGGAUCGAAAACAGGUGGCAUACGUGCCGGCGACUAUUGUGAUGGAUGGCGAGCAAAUUACGCUUCGCUAUCCGCUAUGGCCGGUGAUCCACGAAUUCCUGGUGGUUUGAUCUCUCAUGCGCAGCUCGUCAGCUGCGAUCAGAAACUGAUUGUUCUCUGUGUCGAGAAUAUGUCCAAGUAUCACGGUGAUCGAAUUCUUAAGAAGAAAAGGAUGGGCGAAUUUAUAUUUUGA